AAAACGACCAGACGUCGCUAGUGGGAGUAAAGUUCUUCCGACGCCAGUCUAUGUUGUAACGUCGAGACGCUUCUUCGGGGAAAAAGUUGGGGAAAACCUAGCGUCCGGACAUCGCGGCCUAACGAAGAGAUCGCGCGCAAUUUCAAACACGAGAAUUUUUCCUAAUUACGACCAUGGCUGACUAUGGACACACCAAUGCAUGACCAAUAUUGCUUUUCAGUUGUCUUCCUCUGUCCACGCAACUAACAAACCAAUCUAGGAUUAGUGACUUUGGAAGGAUUUGAAAAUAACAAUUUUGUGAUUUUCAUAUAUCGGCACAUUGAGACUGGUUUCGGUUUAAAUCAGUGCCGAAUAGUGACUUUCGUAGUGUAUUACACUUUCCAGUGACUGUUAUUUAUAGGGAAAUUAGUGCCGCUUGGACUGCAAUGGCAAUGGGACAUAAGCAUAUACUAUUGCUCUUGGCAGUAAUAGUUCAAGGAGUGGUUUUGUUGGAAUUGGAACAGCUGAUCGUCCCAAGUCACUCCUUAAAGAACGACAGUGUUGUCAUGCAGUGCCACUACAAAUUAGGGGACGAAACGUUAUAUUCGGUAAAAUGGUACAAAGAUGGCAACGAGUUCUACCGUUAUGUUCCCAGGAAUUCACCCGCAACGCAGGUCUUUCCUUUGGUUGGCGUCACUGUAGAUCUCCACAACUCAACGGAAUUUUCGGUGGUCUUGUCAUCGGUGCAACUUUCGACGAGCGGAAUUUAUAGAUGUGAAGUCUCCGGGGAAGCUCCUUAUUUCGAAACUGUCGCCGAUCAAGCUCAUAUGUUGGUUGUCGUUCCGCCAGAAUCUGAUCCAGUCAUUACAGGAGGACAACCCAGAUACCACAUUGGAGACACUGUGAAUGUGACCUGUUCUAUCAGAAGCUCAAAACCAGCUGCUAACUUAACGUGGUUGAUCAAUGAAAGGAAAGCUGAUCCAAAACUCGUCCAUGGUCCCUUCAAGCAGUACGUUGGCCGAGAAGGACUGGAAUCUUCGAGCAUAGUGCUGCAGUUUGUCGUGCGACAGAAGCACUUUGUGCGGGGCAACAUGAAGCUGAAAUGCGCCGCAAGCAUUGCCACAAUCUACGUCCGAGUCAAUGAGAAAAGUUUCGGAGGGGAAAGACCCCAAAAAGGUCUGGUUCUUGAAAGCAGAGGGACCGCUCAAGCACCAAAUGGGUCAAGGGCGGACCGAGUGCACACAUCAGGUUCAACAGGAUGCGCAUCAAUCGUGUCAUUGUUGAUAACAAAAAUAAUUAUAAUCGCUUGGUUCUGUAUAAAAGGACUAAUAUAAGAGUUUCUGGGUAAGUGGAAGGAGAACUAUGUGACAUUAUGAAAAGCCAAAGACUUUGCGUGUAUCUAUUUGGCUUUACUAUAAAUAGGGCGCUAGAUAGGAUAAUUUAGGCUAGGUUAAAUAACCUAAGUGUACAUUCCUUGCUCACACAUGUGUAUAUUAUUUACAGAAAUUCCUAUAUUUUCACCAGUCGAAAUAAGACUGUAAGAAAUUGUAAAUUUGUUAGUUAAACAUUCGGGUGGACUGCAACUAUUCAAACAUCCCUUUGACUAAACAUCGAAUUCAGCGAAUACUACCUUAAAGGUAAUCUUCAUCAUAUAUUAAAUCGUUUAAUCCCUUUGCGUCAACUAAUGUCUGUUUGGCAAACUGCGAUGUAGUUGAGAACAAAGUUGGGUCCAUAAGGAGUGUAGGAUAUUUAAUUUAUCGAUGCAACGGUUUCAAACGGCACUAAAUCAUAUCCAAUCUCACCGGUUUAAUUGAACUUCGGGAUUAAUUAUUAAUAUUUGAGGUAUCAUUAGUUGCUAGCUAGUAAUUAAAUAUAUGUGCCGAUGUUUCGUACAUUUCGUUCAAUUGACUAGACAUUGCCUUAUUAAACUUCAAGUGCAAUAAGAAAAGUCUUAAUCUUAAUCUUCCGCAAAGAGAAACGGUUCUCCAAAAUUUACCUCAGUCCGGCUGCUUUCGCAUUCUAUCUGGCGCUUGUCCAUGCAUAUUGUAGUUUAUUGAUUUAACCUGUCAGUCCCAGAGUAAAAAAUGGGCUUUUAUAACGCUUUUCAAGAGUUUUUAUGGACCGAUAUAUUUGUUGCAUAUAGAUUGCUUAUGCGCGUGCUGGGCAGCUGUUUUCUCAGGAAAAUUACGCAGCUGGAAUGCGAAUAAGCCAUCGCACGUAACUGAAUCAGAUCCAGGAGGGAAAAAUGGAAAGUCGGUUUUCUUUGCCGUAAUUACGAAUUCCAGUAGUCUUGGAAAUAAUUCAAGGGCUUUUCAGUACUACUACAACAUUCACCUUCCAUUUUCCACACUUUGGAAAACUUACUAUCGAUAUUGUAAUUAAUUAAAAUAAUACUAUUUGAGAUAGAGUAGAAGAUUCAGUUUGAUUUGAUCUUUUAUUGGGCCAGGGUUUUUUUUUAUAGUCAAUGAGGAGUUUUGGCUUGUUUUUUUAUUGUUUGAAAAUGUGGGUGUGCAUAUUAAAGUUUUACGAACUUAUUGGAAGCAACGGUGCUUAAUUUAACUUUAUAUUUCUGGGUGGAUUUAUGAUGUCGGAAUUUAACGUUUUCUAACAAGGAAAUUACUUUGUUUUAUUAUUACUUGGCUGAUUACCGAACAAUUAAAUCGGCUAUUACAUUACUAUGGAGAUUGAGGUACUUAGAUUCAAUUUGAGUUUUUUUAAACGUAUGCGACAUGUAAGCCUAAAUUUUUCAAGAAAAAAACCUUUUUUUCACCUGGUAAAAUAUUCUGUUACUUCCUAAUUUUUUUGUAAAGUUUUAUUUGAGAAUUAUGAGCUUGUUUUGUUUUCCUUCUUUUUGGUUUUGCGUAGAGUUUCAGUUUAGAAUUACUAUUGGAAAUUAUCUGCUAGUUAUGUUUUCUUUUUAACAAAAAUAUGUUGCCAAUUUACAUCGUUACAUAUACAUUUUACCAUAAACAAGUUAUUUUAUACUGAGUAGUUAUUCUCUGAUAUUUUGAAUGGUACAGAAAACUCUAAUAGCAUAUUAAUAUGAGAAGUUUGCUGAAAUGUCUCUGAAAAUCAAAUAAAUCUCUUUUGAUUACAUAUAACUCUAAACUAUUAAUUUUUUAACUAACUGCUCUCCAAAAAAUUUAGGCUUUUGCAGCAAUUGCUAGAAUAUGAUGAUAUUUUCAGAAUUAUUAUCAUCCUCAACAAUUAAUAUAAUUUUUAAUUUUCAUUAAUGGUUAGUGGCUUAUGUUACGAUAAUUAAAAAAAAAACGAAAAGUUCUCCAAUUUUUGCGCCUAGCUGCAUACAAAAUUGUUUCUUUAGAAAAGACCCAUUUAGUUUUAUUUACACGUUUCAGAUAUUUAUCCUUUAACUCCUGUAUGAGAUCUAUCUUCCUACCAUUGUACAAAAAAAAUAUAUUCAGAAACUGCGUUGAAAACCAUUGAAACUAUGAAUGUUGUUUCACAUAAUGGGAAAAGGAAAUGCUUUGAUCAUUAUUAACAAUUAACUUGAUAACUUAGUGUACAUACAUAAGUGAAAAUAAAUAGGGAUUUAGUUGAUAAACCGAUUAGCAAGAUUUUUAAAGUUAAUUUAAUCUAAGAGAAAUUGUUAUUAGUCGAUGGGCUGUGUCUAGAAAAAUUUAUUAACCGUGUUACUUCCUGAUUUCUGAGUUACACUUCCUUAACAUGUAGUUCUUGACUCCGAAGAAAAUUUCCUGUUUGUUACACUGGAUCCUUUAACAAAUAUAGCGUAUAGGACAUAAUUUAAAAACUGUUAUAAAGUCAAUUAGUGAUAUAUCUUGUUUAACCUUAAUGGAGACGUUCAAGUAGCGAAAAAUCUUGCUAGUCGAACAUACGAAAUCUAUUUUUGUGUAUAAAUUUAAAAGAAAAUCAAUGUGAUCGAAGUAAGAUUUCUGGCUAAGAUGUAAAUAAUGCCAAAGGUACUGUUAAAACCCUUCAUUUUAGGAUGUUAGAACUAUGCUAUGAAGAUGCAAAUUAAAUUUUGUAUACAGUUCACUUCAUAGAACUUCAUUUAUACA